UGGAAGGAUAAUGAAAAUGACCUUAUUAGUGCUUCAACGAAUGGAUGCGAUAUGUUGCUUGAUGGUCAUGCUCCAAGAUGCGGCGAAAUAAUGCGAAUGCCUAAUUUAGCAAAGACUUUUCGAGAAUUUGCUGAAAAAGGAAAAGAUGGAUUCUACAAAGGUCGAAUCGCUCAAGCUAUUGUUGAAAUUAUACAGUCUAAAGGAGGUGUCAUGACUUUAGAAGAUUUAGCCUCUCAUACUUCUACCCGCGUAGAUCCUAUAAGCAUUGAUUAUAAAGAUGUGACAAUAUGGGAAUGCCCACCUAAUGGACAGGGUAUUACGGUUCUUAUGACUCUUGGUAUACUUCAAUCACUUCAAGAAAAUGGUAAAAUAAGAGAUCUUAGUGAAAUGGAUCAUAAUUCGGCUGAGUAUUUACAUGCCUUGAUUGAAAGUUUACGACUGGCAUUUGCGGACUCUACUUAUUAUGUAACAGACCCUGACUUUUAUAAUGUGGAAUAUCUUUCAGAACGUGCUAAACUUUUUGACCCUACAAAAGCAAAUGAU